UCCCCAAUGACGUCAUUUUCCCGCGAUUUCAGCAACAUGGCAGUCCCAUCAAAAGAAAAUGAGAUUGAUCUCGAUAACUUGCAAGAGUCUGGUUUUGACCUAUUCUACAAGUCUUUACCCGAGAAACCUGCGACAUCUAUACGAUUCUUUGACAGAGAUGCCUAUUACACGGUGCAUGGCCAAGAUGCUGUGUUUGCAGGGAAAGAGAUCUUCAAAAGCAUGGGCGUUGUCAAAUAUUUUGGGAAGAAAAAGCGUGAAUAUGUUUGUGUGAACAAGACAAACUUUGAGUUGAUGCUUCGAGAGCUUCUCCUGGUGAAGCAGUACAGAGCUGAAGUCUAUAAAUGCAGCAGAAACACAAGUAAAUGGGAGUUAGUAUACAAGGGAUCUCCUGGCAAUCUGACCCAGUUUGAAGAUGUCCUCUUCAGCAACUCUGAGUUGUCUGUGUCUGUUGGUGUGUUAGCUGUCAAGUUGGGAACAGAAAAUGGACAACGGCUGGUUGGUGCUGGUUAUGUGGAUGCCACACUGAGGAAAUUUUCUGUUUGUGAAUUUGUUGACAAUGACCAAUUCUCUAAUCUUGAGGCUCUGAUAGUUCAGAUGGGUCCAAAGGAAUGCCUGAUCCCUGCUGGCGACACUGGUCCCGAGUAUGCCAAACUAAAAGAGAUUUUGGGGAGGAGCGGAAUGCUGCUCUCAGAGAGGAAAAAAUCUGAAUUCUCCACAAAGGACAACGUGCAGGAUUUGGAUCGUUUGCUAAAGUUCAAGAAUCCGGAGCAAGCUAGCAGUGCAGCACUUCCUGAAAUGGACAAGGUUCAUGCUUUGGCAGCAGUUGCUGCGCUCAUCAAGUUUCUUGAGCUCCUCAGUGAUGAAGAUAAUUUUGGCCAGUUCUCCUUGAGCACAUUUGAUCUGAGCCUGUACGUGAAGCUGGAUGCUGCUGCAGUCAGUGCCCUGAAUCUUCUGCCCGCCCCGAAUGAGGGCCCCAACAAGAACCAGAGUGUUCUUGGAUUGAUGAACAAGUGUCGGACAGCCCAGGGUCAAAGGUUGAUCGAACAGUGGGUAAAGCAACCUCUCCUCGAUAAAAAUCAGAUUGAGGAAAGAUUGGACAUUGUUGAAGCAUUUAUAGAAGAUGGUGAACUCAGGCAGACAUUGCAAGAGGACCUAUUGAGAAGAAUACCAGACUUCCAACGCCUUAGCAAGAAAUUCCAAAGGAAAAGGGCUAAUCUGCAGGAUUGUUAUCGGAUUUACCAGGCCGUAGAGAAGAUGCCACAGCUCCUAGAAGCCCUGGAGAGAAAUGGUGGAACCCAUCAAGCGUUGCUCAUGUCCGUCUUCACCAACCCCUUGAAGGAACUUCUCAUGGAUUUUAGUAAAUUUCAAGAAAUGAUUGAGGCCACCUUGGACAUGGCACAGGUUGAAAACCAUGAAUUUAUGAUAAAGUCCGACUUUGAUGAGGUUCUUCAAGAGUUGAGGGGAAAAUUAGACCGGAUAGAAAACGAUAUGCAAAAACAACUGAACCGGGCUGCUAAGGAUCUUGGAGUAGAAGCUGGAAAGGUGUUAAAACUCGAGUCCAACAGUCAGAUGGGCUAUUUCUUCCGAGUGACACGAAAGGACGAAAAGGCCUUACGGAACAACAAAUCGUACAUGAUUAUUGACACGAGGAAUAAUGGUGUUCGUUUCCGUAGUAAUGGCCUACGUGAUCUUAAUGAGGAAUAUAUAGAUAUCAAGGAACAAUACACGGAACAGCAGAAGUCUGUGGUUGAUGAAAUUGUCAACAUUGCAGCUGGAUAUAUUGAUCCCAUGGCCGUGAUCAAUGACAUCAUUGCCAAGCUUGAUGUCCUGGUCAGUUUUGCUCACGUUGCUACCUCAGCGCCUAUUCCAUACGUCAGGCCAAAGUUAUACCCAAAAGGCACUGGUAAGAUGAAUCUGAAGGAAGCGAGGCACCCAUGCUUAGAAAUGCAGGAUGACGUGGCGUUCAUUGCUAAUGGCAUCCGUUUUGAAAAAGAUAAAGCCAUGUUUCAUAUAAUCACUGGACCAAAUAUGGGAGGAAAGUCCACUUAUAUAAGAUCUGCAGGUGUCAUCAUCCUGAUGGCACAGCUGGGUAGUUUUGUGCCAUGCUCUGAGGCUGAGGUGUCACUCGUCGAUAGCAUCCUGGCCCGUGUUGGUGCCGGAGACAGUCAGAUGAAGGGCGUCUCCACGUUUAUGGCAGAGAUGUUGGAGACUAAUGCUAUUCUUAGGGGUGCUUCUCAAGACUCAUUGAUUCUUAUUGACGAACUGGGACGUGGCACGUCAACAUAUGAUGGCUUUGGAUUAGCUUGGGCAAUAUCUGAGUAUAUCGCUACAAAGAUCAAAGCAUUCUGCAUGUUUGCCACCCACUUUCACGAGUUGACGGCCUUGGCUGAUGUGGUCCCCGAGGUCACCAACCUUCACGUGACCGCCCUCACCACCAGUGACACACUGACGCUACUCUACCGGGUGAAGGAGGGCGUGUGUGAUCAGAGUUUUGGAAUCCACGUAGCGGAACUGGCACAUUUUCCUAAACCUGUAAUUGAGUUUGCCAAAGAGAAAGCUAAUGACCUUGAAGACUACCAAAUGAUUGUGCACACGAUUGAAGACACUGAUGAAGAUGGUGCAUCAUCUGCCAAAAAGCGACGUCUGACGAAGCAAGAUGGUGAAAAGGUCAUUAACGACUUUCUAAAGAAAAUCAAGGCAUUGCCUGUGGAUGAAUUAUCACCGGAUCAGAUAAUGACUGAGAUAACAAAAUUACGUGCAGAAGUUGCUGCAAGUGACAAUCCAUAUAUUCAGGACAUUUUGACAAGGAUGGCGUAGCUGAUUUUUAUCGUUAGAGGACUGUAUUGAGGAAAUGUGGUCUUUUACAUGUAUCUCUGACAGUUGUAUACAUAUUUUCCAAUUUAUCCUUGCCCUGUCUGGUGCAUAGAAUCCUCAGUAGAUGGCCUCCAGUCAAAAGAUUGUACCACAAUUCGGACUGUGUGUGGCUUUAUCUCAAGAAAUGUCUUUCCCUGAAUCCGUUAUGGUUUAAUCGGCUUAGAAAGACCUACUGAUGUGUGAUUGAUGCUCAAUUUGUGCUGGGGAAUGCCUUUAUUCAGCAUGUUUGGAAGAUAUUGUAUUGUAUAGCGCCAUCUGAACCAGUGAGAAGCACUGGUGUACUGAAAUCAGUUUCGUUAAGGAACAAUCAUGUACCUACAUUGCAUUUAUUUUUCUCAUUUUUGAUAGCAUCCCUGAAUAGAAUCAAUAAAAUCCAUAAAAUA